GCGGCGGAAAGUCACCCACCGCUAACGGGGCUUUGAAUUCCGCACAACUGUUACCAUAAUUUCAAUUAUUUUGUGUUCGUCCAAGACUCGUCUGCCGCUUGCCUGGUUUGGUGCGCCGCUCCGACAGUUUCAGCAACUUUCAGCGCCCGUGUGUCUCGUCCCGAGCAUCGAGAUAUCGGCAACUGUAGUAUUGGAGGAACGACCGCAACUUCCAAGACUUGCUGAUACUCCGGUCUUCACUGAAAACUGGGAAUUUUCUGUCCUGUCCAACGGAGGAGGAAAAGGCAGGACAUUGCUGAAACCCUCGACCGCACUGGAUUUCUUUCAUUUGGUUGUAACAGUUCGGCUGUUCAGAAAAUUGACUUUCGCCUGCUGCACCGUGGCAACGGGAUUUAAUAUUCUUCGUAUAUAAAUAGGCCUACGUUCAAAAUCCCCCCCAAGAUGAGCAAACCUGCCGGAUCAACAAGUGGGUGUUUAGAUAUUUUAAAUGUCAAAUCCAGUCGAAUUUUGGAUAUCCCGUGCAAAGUAUGUGGAGAUCGAAGUUCCGGAAAACACUACGGCGUCUACGCGUGCGAUGGGUGUUCAGGAUUCUUCAAGAGGAGUAUUCGCAGAAACAGAACAUAUGUCUGCAAAUCUGGAAAUCAGGGGGGCUGUCCUGUGGAUAAGACGCACAGGAAUCAAUGCCGAGCCUGCCGACUGAAGAAGUGCCUGGAAGUGAACAUGAAUAAAGACGCUGUGCAGCACGAGAGGGGCCCCAGAACGUCCACCAUACGGAAGCAGGUCGCCCUGUAUUUCAGAGGGCACAAGGAAGUGAACGGGUCCUCUGCCCACUUCCCGGCUUCCUCCAUGCCGGGUCCGCCCUUCUUCACCGCCGUCACCCAGCUGGAGCCUCAUAGCCUGGAGCUAAGCACGGUGUCCAGCACGCCGGAGCGGCAGACCAUCGUGGGGCUAGCGCAGCCCACCCCGAAGUACCCGCAUGAGGUCAGUGGCACGCCGAUGUACCUGUACGAGGUGGCGACAGAGUCUGUGUGCGAAUCGGCCGCUCGACUUCUCUUCAUGAGCAUCAAAUGGGCCAAGAGCGUGCCAGCCUUCUCCACGCUCCCCUUACCUGACCAGUUAAUCCUAUUAGAAGAUGCCUGGAGGGAACUGUUUGUCCUGGGCAUUGCACAGUGGGCGAUUCCAGUCGAUUCGAGCACCCUGCUUGCAGUUUCAGGCAUGAACACAGAGAACACAGAAUCACAACGGUUGAAUAAAAUCAUUUCAGAAAUCCAAGCUCUUCAAGAAGUAGUCACCAGAUUCAGACAGCUUCGCCUUGAUGCAACAGAAUUUGCAUGUUUGAAGUGCAUUGUAACGUUCAAAGCCGUCCCCACUCACAGUGGCUCCGAGCUGAGAAACUUCCGCAACGCCACAGCCAUUGCAGCGCUGCAGGACGAAGCGCAACUCACCCUUAACAGUUACAUACACACACGAUACCCAACGCAGCCCUGCCGCUUCGGGAAGCUCCUGCUUCUUUUGCCGGCGUUGCGGUCGGUGAGCCCGUCUACCAUCGAAGAAGUCUUUUUCAAGAAGACCAUUGGAAAUGUCCCGAUCACAAGGCUGCUUUCAGACAUGUACAAGUCCAGUGAUAUAUGAAUGUGUACGGCCUGCGGUAAAGCUCACGCGCAGCUCACGCGAGACACACGCAUUUGAAAGAGUGCAAAGUCGAGCACCCCAAAGAAUUGCAAUCUUAGUACAUGUGCUGAACAUUUAAAAAAAUCACCACCAUGAUUUUUGUCGAGUAAAAUAGGAUUAUUGACAAAAGCCUGAAUGACAUGAUUUCAGGAAUUACCUCUAACCCAUAUACAGAUCAUGAAAUAUGCUUGUGAAAAGCCACUUUGUUCCAGUUCGCGUAAAAUCCGACGGAUAUCUUCAGAUGUAAAGAAACUGACCAAGAAUGGUCGACUUGUGAAAGGUUGUGUGUAAUUUGUUAGUCGUUUAAUGGCGAUAAACGUUUUCUAAGUGUCUCAAAGACCAAUGAAAGCAGAAGAAACCAAAAUAAAUAAAUAAAUAAAUAAAUACGAUAAAAUAAAUAAAAUCCAAAACAGACGUAAAAACGUGACGUAAUGGAAGAGGGAACUGGUCGCUGUCCCUGACAUAGUGCUGAAACCAAAGGGCAUGGCGUCAUAACACGCUUUAGAAAUGACUGGGCCCCAAGUCCUAUUUCCAUGCGUAAUGAAGUGUGCAGCGAACACUCGAGUGGGAUGAUUUUUAGAGCUUUCGACUGCUUGGCAUUUCAAACGAAAACAGGUAUAAAAAAAAACGCGGCUCGUUUGGCUGCACUGGGCAAAAUAUUGACUGAACUUAAACGGUAAAACAAGUAGCCUUUUACGUAUUUUUGUGCGCGCACGCGUGCGUGUGAGGGGUGUGUGUGUGUGUGUGUGUGUGUGUGUGUGUGGCAGCGUUGAAAUGAUUACUUUGAAAAGUAGACACUAACACUGGAAAACGUUGAGCACUUGUUUAUUUUUGUUUGUUUGUUUGUUUUUUUAGCAUGUAAAUAUUUUCUCCUGUUGUAAAGAGUGGUUUUAAUUUUG